AUGGCGGCUGCCUGUGAGCUCCUGCUCGUGUACGACUGCCUGAUGCUGCCGGGUUAUGAGAACCUCCUGUUUGCUCAUUCCAGCUGGUACACGUACGCCGCCACCAUGCGCAUCUACAAACACUGGGACUUCCAUGUGUCUGAGCCCCACACAGCCACUGGGAAACUGUCCUUCAGCAGCUACCCUGGUUUCCUGGAGUCUCUGGAUGACUUCUACCUCCUGGGCAGCGGUCUGAUGAUGACCCAGACCAGCAACGAAGUCUUCAACUCGUCCUUGUUUGACAAAAUCACCCCAAUAAGCCUACUGGCAUGGCAGAGGGUCAGACUGGCCCACAGUUUGGCUCAUACAGGAGAGGAAUGGGCCCAGAUCUUCUCCAUGCACAACUCUGGUACCUACAACAAUCAGUACAUGGUCCUGGACAGGAGUAAAAUCAAACUGGCCCACAGCGUUGAGGAUGGCGCUCUGACUGUGGUGGAGCAGAUCCCAGGAUUGGUGCAGUAUUCUGACCAGACACAAGCUCUGCGUCAAGGUUACUGGCCUUCCUACAACAUUCCCUUCCACCAGAACAUCUACAUACUUAGCGGUUACGGAGAAAUGUGGAAGGAGCGUGGAAACCAAUUCUCCUAUGACCUUUGCUCCAGAGCCAAGAUCUUCCGUCGCGACCAGGCCAAUGUGAAAGAUCUGGACUCGUUGAAGUACAUCAUGAGAUUCAACGACUAUAAGAAGGAUCCAUACUCUGAGGGCAAGCCCUGCCGUACCAUCUGCUGCCGUGGUGACCUGAAAGCAGAGAAGUCUUCACCAAGAGGUUGCUAUGACACCAAGGUGACAGAUUUCCACAUGGCGGGGGAUUUUGUUGCAGAGGCAGUGAACGGGCCAACGACGCAGGACGGACUCCCACCGUUCUCCUGGGAUAAAUUCAGCAGCGUCAGCCACCGGGGCCUCCCACUGUACUACAACUUCACAUUUGUCCAGAUGAAGCCUCUUCUCUCUGAGCCGUGAGGUGUGUGUGUGUGUGUGUGUGUGUGUGUGUGUGUCUGGACAACCAUGACCAGAUUAUAAACUUUAAAACAGAUUUAAAAUCUGAGUUCAAGCACAAAUUUCUCUCAG